UUAUACCGUAUGGAAGAGUUUUUCUGCUAUUCUAUGAAUAAGAAAAAAUCAAAUAGCAUCCACCAUAUAAAAUGGUUCGAAAAAAUAAAAGACGGUAUCGUAGAACCUGAAUUUUCUGCAUUUAAAAAUAAAAAACAAAUCGGAGGAGGUGGGUUUGGUAUUGUACAUUACGCGGAAUAUAAUGGGAAAAAAGUUGCAUUGAAAAGCCUUAACAACGAUGAUAUGAAUAAAGAAGUGUCAAAAGAAUUUAUUAAAGAG